UCUUAAAUUCAUUCAUCAAACCUCAAAACCCUCUCUCACAAUAUUCACACACAUUCUCUCUCUUGCUUCAAGUGAAACUGUGUUUGUCUUGUUUCCUUUUGUGUCUCUCAUUGAAACUUUGAUAUUUCCAAACAGUGUUUCACUAUUUCUUUCUACUAACAAAAAUGUUUGCAGAAACUGGUCUUCUCUUCCCUUAUUUACAGAAUUACUCUCAAGACUUUCAACAACUUGAUGAACAGAAUUACUCUCAAGAAUUUCAACAACUUGAAGAAUAUUGCAUGACUCACAAAUCCAAUGCUUCAAUGAGUGACUUAGCUCAAUCAUCUGCAAUGUCGGAAUUUGAUUUAUUUGUAGAGGGAGAUCUGUUCAAAGCGCCUGAGACGAUUAUGGAAGAACCGGCGAUGGACCUUGAUCCAAUGCAAGCUGCCAUGUCAAUGAUAUCUUGUGGAGAAAAUGUGUCGUCACAAGGUUUAAAAUCUUCGGAGAUUGACGAUGUGUUUCAAAAUGAACAGCUUUUGAGUGAGGUAUACUAUGAAUGCAAAAAGGAUAUGUUAGAAAAGGCGGCUAUUGAGUCACCUCUUUCUGAAAUUCUUGAAAUCAAGAUUCCUGCUCUGAACAUCGACGAGAAUUCGAUUCAAGAAAACAAACCAAUUCCUGAUGUACUAUUACCGAAGAGUGUCAGUUCCGGAAGUUUGAAUUCAAUGGAUUGGAUGAAUGGAGCUGCAAUGAAGCCUGCUUUCCUUGAUUUCCCUCGAAUUGAUUUCAGCGCAGUUUAUGGAAUGCGGAGAGCAUUUAGUGAAGGAGAUAUAAAGACUCUUGGCAAUGGCAACAUGAGUGUUGGUCUAUCUACUCUUGAGAGGCCUUUUCUUCUCAGCAACUGCACGAGCGAGCAACGUCAAGAAAAACUCUCUAGAUACAGGAAUAAGAAGACAAGGAGAAACUUUGGGAGGAAAAUCAAGUAUGCUUGCAGGAAGGCGCUCGCUGACAGCCAACCAAGAAUCCGUGGAAGAUUUGCGAAAACGGAGGAAUAUGAUGUCAAGAGACAAUAACUUAUUAAUUGAUUUAUUAGUUGGAAAAACAAGAAAGUAGAAUCAAUCAAGUUGAUGAAUCAGAUCAAGAAAGAUGAAAAAGCUUAUAACUUGAGCAGGUAUCAUGGAAUAAGAUAAACCUCAAACUCCUAAGUUAGGUCCUAAGUAGUUACCUUAUAUCUGCUGUAGUAGCAUUUUCUUUGUAGAUGGAUAUAACCUUCUUAGACAUGUACAAAAGUUUGAUGAAUAAAAGAAGGGGAAAAAAAAGAAGAAAAAAGGAUAAGGUUGUAUCUGUGAACUUUUUCUUUAAUUGUAUUAUGUUAAAUAAUGAUGUUAAUUAGAAUUUAGAAUUAUUUCUAACAAUUAUUGGUGGAAGUACUAAGUACUAACUUUUGGCCAUAUUGAUGCAUGCAAAUUGCCAUUAGUACUAA